AUGAACAAUAUCCACAUCUGUGAUACCACUGGCAUCUCUAUCCAGAGAGUCAAAAUCUUCAACCCACCAGAUUUUCAUGGCAAAGGACCCAACACUGACGGUAUCAACCUCAUAUCGUGCAGAUAUGUCCAUAUCGCUGGAUGCACUAUCGGCACAGGUGAUGACUGCAUAGCACUAAAUGCAGGAGGCAUCGGCUCCAAACGCAUUGCUACAACCAACGUGCUUAUAGAAGAUUGUCACAUGACAGCUGGACAUGCUGCAGUCAGUGUUGGCAGUGUCACUUCAGGUGGACUCCACAACAUCACUGUGAGGAACCUUAUGGUUGAGAAUACAGUGAGGGGACUGUUUAUAAAGACAAACAGGGAGAGAGGUGGUCUGAUCGAGAAUAUUAAUUACAGCAACAUAAUAAUGUUAAACGUUAAAGGUGAGGGAAUAGCUAUAUCCACCGUAUACGACUCCAAACAUCAGGAUUAUCAUAAUAAAAACAUUCCUGAGGAGCUAUCAAGGAUACCACUCCAUUUAUACGUGACAUCACUUACGAUGGUAUUGGUGGGAGUUGUGGAAACGAGCCAGUAUUUGCUGGUAGGAGUACCUGAAUCCCCAGUGAGGAAUAUUAACAUAAGUAACUUGAAUGUCCGAUCGUUGAAACACAAGGGAAAUUAUUUGUACCAUACAGACAAUAUUGUAAUCAAUGGUAGACAGCAAUAGACUUUGAAAUAUGUGUUUCAUUUUCUAACCGCUACAGUUUUUCCAUUAUUAUUAGACAAAGAACUCCAUUCUAUAUCUUAUUCAAAUGAGACUUACGUCCCGUAUAGGCAUAUAAGAGUCCGUUCUUCGUUUUUACGAUACUAAUGCAUACUGCUGAGAUGCUGAAUACUGAAGACGAAAUAAUUGCCAUUGCUAUUGUUUAUGCUAGAAGACAGUGCGGUGAUAUUUACGGUACCUGUAGGGCUGAGUCUUCUUCAGCUAUCGUUCGUUAGGUAACACUUCAGGAAACUGU